GACGACUCUUCACGGUAGCAGUGUGGCAGCAGCUCGAUGGGGCUGGCUGCUUCCUAGAAGAAAGUCAGGAGAAAAGCCGGAGAGCCAGGUUCCGAAACUAUGGCUGUGUGAAGUCACGGGGUUGUUUGUUCCGCGAACUAGGAGGAGGUGAAGAGUUUGUGCGAGGUUGCGAAACACCGCAUCUAUCGGUUCUGCUUGUGAUGACUUGCCGUUGCGAGUGUGUCGACGCCGGAUACUUUUAGAGUCGCAGUCGUUCCCUUGUCGCUUCCAUUCUUUGAUCGAGCAUCGAACAUUGCUAGUCAGCUGUGCGAUUCGUUGCUGCUGUUGCUGCUGCCGUUGCCGACGCGACCAUAAAAAGCAAGCCCCGGUCUUGGUUGACAACGACCCUCCGAAUUAUCAUCAUCAUCAUGGGAACCUGUUUCAGCAAAUCCCGGUCAGGGGGGAAUAAGGCGAAGCCUGAAGAAGCGGUGUUGGGUCAGGAAGUUUUGGCGGCCGCAGUUGGCCACUCGAUGGGAGCUCAUGCCCUCCAGACAGGACCUGGAGGAGUCGGAGUCAGUGUGGGAGGUGUUGUCGUGACUAAUCAAGAACCGAGACACAACCUCAUGCAUCCCCUUGACCCUAUCGGUGCCGUGAGGCCCGUUGAAUCUGUGGAACACAACUCCCCCGGCAUAAUGCCUAUACCGAAGGUGUUUGUGGCUCUCUACGACUACGAUGCUCGAACCGAUGAAGACCUCUCAUUCAAGAAAGGUGAACAUCUCGAAAUUAUCAACGAUACCCAAGGCGAUUGGUGGUUUGCGAAGAGUAAAACAACGAAACAGGAAGGAUACAUUCCGUCAAACUACGUAGCCAAACUCAAGUCCAUCGAAGCUGAACCGUGGUAUUUCGGGAAAAUAAAGCGUGUAGAAGCCGAGAAGAAGCUCUUGUCCCCCGAGAACGAGCACGGAGCCUAUCUGAUCCGCGACUCUGAGAGUCGGCGGAACGAUUACUCUCUAUCAGUUCGUGACGGGGACACUGUGAAACAUUAUCGGAUUCGCCAACUGGAUGAAGGUGGAUUCUUCAUCGCGAGGAGGACAACGUUCCGAGCCUUACAAGAACUGGUUGAUCAUUACAGCAGGGACCCCGACGGACUCUGCGUGAACCUCAAGUCACCUUGCGUUCAGGAUCAACCUGCCCAGCAAUCGUGGGUGGAAAAACCAUCGACCGGCGGUCUGUCUCACAAAACUCGCGAUCAGUGGGAAAUAGACAGAAACUCGCUCAAGUUCAUGCGAAAACUAGGACAAGGACAGUUUGGAGAGGUCUGGGAAGGACAAUGGAAUAAUACAACACCCGUUGCAAUCAAAACACUCAAACCGGGCACCAUGGAUCCUAAAGACUUCCUCGAGGAAGCUCAAACAAUGAAGAAACUCAGACAUCCAAAACUGGUUCAGCUAUACGCCGUGUGCACGCUCGAAGAACCCAUAUACAUAAUAACGGAACUCAUGAAAAACGGGUCCCUGCUCGAAUAUCUGCAAGGUAAGGGUCGAUCACACAAGCUACCAACAUUGAUCGACAUGGCCGGCCAAAUCGCUGCCGGUAUGGCGUAUCUCGAACAGCAGAACUACAUCCACCGAGAUUUGGCCGCGCGCAACAUCCUGGUCGGAGACACCAACUUAGUGAAGAUAGCUGAUUUCGGAUUGGCUAGACUAAUCAAGAAUGAGGAUGAGUACGAAGCGAGAGCUGGAGCUCGAUUCCCUAUCAAAUGGACAGCACCUGAGGCUGCCAAUUACUCGCGUUUCUCAAUUAAGUCAGACGUCUGGUCGUUCGGCAUUCUGCUCACAGAAUUGGUCACCUACGGACGUAUCCCAUACCCGGGGAUGACGAACGCAGAAGUCUUGCGACAGGUAGAGCACGGUUACCGCAUGCCCUGUCCCCCGGGUUGUCCUCCUGCUCUUUACGAGAUCAUGCUGGAAAGCUGGAAUAAGGACCCUGUGAAGCGGCCGACAUUCGAAACACUGCAGUGGAAGCUGGAAGACUUCUUUACAUUGGAAGGCUCCGAAUACAAGGAAGCUUCCAUCGCCUACUGAGCAUCUCUCCUCUGUCUCGCGCUAUAUAACUAUACUCUCCUCUCUCUCACUCUCAACUCUCACGGCACUCCGCGAACAGAAAAUUUUCUCCCGAGUCGAUGUGAGAGCUGCCUGAUUAGUCCGUGACCAUAUACAGUGGAACCUCGACUUACGAUCGUCUCGACUUACGAACGAUUCGACUUACGAUCUUUUUUUUGAGAGAGGAUACCGUUCCGACUUCCGAGCAUCGGUUCGUUUUGCGACCGAUUUAAACGGGACGAGUGCCUCGACUCAAGACCAUUGAUUCAAUUCACGAGCGGUUUCGAGCUGUAUCAAAAAUAACCAUCCCCAGAGUCAUAUCGGGACCGGCGAUCUCGGAGCGCUCGUCAUUUCGCACCUCCACGCCGGAAUGUCUAACGUGCUCCGCUUGCGCAUGCCCGCGCAAACUUCGCGGUCCUUUUUCUCCGCUCGGAGCGGAUCAAUCGCUCGAAUAUGCGCUCCUGUGGGAUAUUCUGUUUCGACUUACGAUCUUUUCGACUUACGAUCGGUCUCCGGGAACGGAUUAAGAUCGUAAGUCGAGGUACCACUGUAUCGGUGAAGGACGGAAACUUCGGCGAAACCCUCUUGCUGCUCGGAUUUGUGCUUCGUCGAGGGAAUCGGUUUUGUGAUCCCCUCUGAACGGAUCGAUCCAUCCGAUCUUCAUUGAUGAAUGAGUGUAUGAAUGACUAGAAACACAAGCCGAUGCAUGAGUCGCAUCUUGUUGCUGCUGCAACCCGACGUCCUCAACUCAAGACGCCGGGUAGCGGCAGCGUCCGCAUCGUAUCGAAAGACUUUGAGUGGAUGAGAGAGCGGUGAAGUGGGCGUAUGGUCAUGAUGAAUUUUUUCAACGGCGGGGUUUCGACGUCGUCGUCACCCUGGAGAAGGUCAUUCUGCUUGACCAUUUGGAGUGUUCUGAGAAUGAUGUGACUGUGGACUCAAUUCUUCCCCGUGCGAAAUGAGCGUUCCGCAAAGAAUCAUAGCUACCCAAGGUGACAAUACCACCUGUCGGAACCGCCGCAGCCAUCUUCGGCGUGAGAUAGGUGAUUUUACUUUAACGAGACUUCGCUGUCGAUGGAGGUCGCGGCUGGUACCCAGUUUCCCGAUCGCAGCGCUAUCACAAGCAUAGCCGCAAGGAGAACGAGAAAACUCGACGCUUGUUCAGCAGCAGCGAGAAACUGAUGGAACAAUGCUGAAUGAUUAAGGCGCUCGUCAAUAUCAAUAUAUUUGUAUAUACACUUUUAUAGAAUCAUGUGCAACAGCCUCGCUGUUGACUAGCGGGGCUGAAAUCUCUAAUAUGUCUUCGGCUUAGAUGAUUGUCGUCGAGUUUACGAGUGAUAAAUAUUCACCGUGAAUAU